AUGGGAGGACAUCUCAGUCGGGGCCGUCAAGUAAUCAAACUGGUGAAUGAAACGGUCAUGCCUAUCAAAUCUGCACAACUUCGAAAUGAAGUCAAAUCUGCUCGGGACUUGAAAGUUCGGAAAAUUCCAAAGUUGCUUACAGACGGCCUUGGUUUCAACGCUCGAUCGAAGCGCUGGGUCGACGACACACCGCGUAAAUCUCCAUACGUAUAUCCAUACGAACGGGAUCGUUCAGGGGUACUCACCAUACGGUGGCGGAACAAUGCAAACACGCUCAGUUUGUAUAUAGAAGGUCCGGAGAUCAGUGACUAA